UACCAAAUACUUUCUUGGAUGGCUACAUUUUACUUGUACUUGAGUAAAAAUAUGUUGAAAUAGUGCUACUCUUUCUUCAGUAUAAAUUUAAUUCCCUGUGAUUAUUGUUCAGGAACAUGCUCCAGCCCGGUAGGUGGCGGUAGUGCGCCUUAAGUUGUUUGCCUUCUCCCAUGUUAUACAACAGCAAGAAGGAGAAGUCAAGAAGAAGAAGGAGAAGAUAAUGGCGGCGGUUAGCCGAGGUUUUGCUACCCUGUGGAGGACAAGCGGUGUGAGAGUACCGUUACACCCUCUGCUGUCUCUCUGUGCCGCCCGAACACAAAGCUCUGUAAGCGGCGACCCGCUGCCCCGGACCUCCCUGUCCAGGCCUCCGUGGUCGGAGCAAACUAGCUUCGUGUCAGCGGAGGAGGAGCGGCGCCGACAUGCCGCCGUGGUGAGCAGCGUGAACGACCGGAUCGAGAGGCGGGACUUCGGCCGACUGUUCGCCGUGGUGCACUUCGCAGCUCGCCAGUGGAAGGUCACCGACGAGGACUUGAUCCUGGUGGAGAACCACAUCGAGGCGGAGUGCGGAGACCGGAUCUACUUGGAGAAAGUGCUGCUGGUAGGGGCGGAGGACUUUACUCUGGUCGGUAGGCCUCUGCUCGGGAAGGAGCUGGUCAGGAUCAAAGCCACCGUGAUUGAAAAGACCGAAUCCUGCCCCAAAAUGCACAUGGUGUUCUGGAAAAGACACCGGUUCCAAAAGAAGAGGACCAUCGUGCAGCCGCAGACUGUCCUGAGGAUCAACAGUAUCGAGCUGCACCCGCGGCUGUCUUGAUUCAGACUGUUGACUUGUGAGGGAAUCUGGUUUCGGACGUGCUGGAUCUCUGAAACAGUUCAGUUCAAAUUUUAGCAAUGUAUAAAAUAUUAAAGAGUUGUGCUUUCAGAAAACUGUAUAGUGUCUGGAUCUGUAUUCCUGCUGUAAGUAAAGUUGAAAACGUAUUUUUAUUGGAGUCGGGAUAAAGUUUUGUCAUUGCAUUCCUACGCUAUUCUAUUGCGCUCUGCUCAAAUCUGGCUGUCAGCACAGGUUGGGCUUUCUGCCAUUUGGUACUUUGAUUUUUGUUUGUAAGAAUUUAAACCUGAUCAAUCGGCUAACAGAAGUUGUGAACAUGACGGCGAUUUCCUGCACUGUUUCAGAAUUGUAGUCUGUAGUUUUAGCAAUAACAGCAGAGGAAGUGAACGUAAAAUGUAUUAAAUUUCUUAAUCUGGGAUCCAAGUCCGAGUUUCGUGCCACAAACAAAGGUAUGACAGUAAAAUAAUAAUAAAAAUCCUUAUUUGUUUGUAAAGACAGCGGAUGCGCGCGCAACAUAACUGCAGCCGGACCAGACUUUUACUGUCGCUAGUUGUCAUGGUUACCCGCAUUUGCCUUGCUGUUUUAACGUCAGCUAGCAUAUUAGCAUGCUAUUGACCUGUUGCAACUUCGUCACUUAGGCCCUGUUUACCCGACAGUGACCCUUGAAAGCCAUCAGUAGCCAUGGAUACUGGCUUUUAUUGGCUUUUGGAAGAGCCAAGAGGGGGGAAAACAAAUUAAUGUUCCGUUAAACGUUUAACUGCUGCAUAACGGACAAACGCUGGCAAAAUUAAAAUAUUCAACGCCUCAGUAACCGCCAUUCUGUUUGUGCUUUAUUGGUCUGAACAUCCGGGCAAUAGUGACGUGAUUUGCGAUGAGUUUCAUAACCGAGAGACCAAACCUUUUAAAAAAACAAGACCACAUCUUUUUGUAUGAAGCAAAGCGUAGUACAAAGGUUUGUGAUAAAAUGGUCAGAAGACAAAAUAUGUGAAACAUAGGUUUUAUUUUGAAAGCUAUCUUAAUCUUCUAGAAAACGACAAACAGCAUUGAGGACUGAGUUUUUAAGGCACUGUUGAACUGUUUCUGCUCAGUGGUAACAGCUUUUCUUGAACUCAAGCACUGGAGAAUAAAAAAACCAGCUUGUCCAACAGGCAAAAAUUAUGUAAAUAAAAAAAAAUACAGUGGUUUAAUGUGCUAGCAUGUUAGCAAAAUGUCCUCUGGAGUCUAAAUACUAACACAUAGCAAAAAAGAUCCCCCUGAAUAAAGUGAUUCUGCUUUAAAAAAUAAAUCUGGGUAACUGACCUACACAGAUCCUGGUGGUUUGAUUCAUUCAUUCAUAUGAGAAAUUACAGCUACAUCACUCAGUUACAGAAUUUCAUAUUAAUUCAAACAUACUAGAUGUUAAUACUGUGUAAGUACCUCCUCGGCUCAUAAAACCAUCUUCUGUAAAGUUACUGGAGAUAAAAACCAACAACUUUACAAAGUUAUAAGUCUUCUUUUGCAACUUUCUGUUUAGGGAGUAGGCUUGCUAAUGGUGGCAUCAUGCUGUUUAAAGUUACUGUCAUCACAAAUAAAAGAAAAGACUAGAAUGAUCGGUUUUUCCAGCUAAAUGAAGCACACUGGCCAGAAUCAUAAAAUAAAAAAUAAAUAAAUAAAUCAAGCAAAUAAAGCAGUCUGAUUUAUUUACUUAUUUUUUGUAGGAACAGGGUGUUAUUUGUCAUAGAUCGAAAACAAGAUGGAUUUUGCAUUUUUACUGUAACUGAAAAGUAUCCAGUUUUCUAGAUGUAAAUUUAUUCUGUUACAAAAACAAGAUUUGGGUCAAUUCCUUUCAAAACUCUUGCUAUAUUUAUCAAAGUUUAAUAAAUAAAAUAACUUUACCCUGAUUAAAAAUAAAAAGUUUAAUAAAUUUAUAUCAUUGCUGAACUACAGUUCAGCAAUGAUAUGGUGGCCAGAAAAAACUCAGUUGAAGAGCCACAAAUGGCCCCCGACCCACACUUUGGACACACCUGGCUUAAACAGUUCUGCCCGACCUUCACCUGCUGCUGCAAACUGCCGAUGUGUUGUAAAAUUAGUUCAUACUCCAUGUUUUUGUUUUAAAUUUUAAAUCCCAGCCCACAUGGACUGCAGUCAGAUUUCCUGGAGGUAACGGAUGAAAACA